GCGCCGCCAUGCGCUCGCACCGCGUCCGUCGCCAGGCGCGGGUGAAGGUGAUGGCGCGGUUCUCGCCCGACUGCGCCGUGGUGCUGCUGGAGCACCUGGACACGCCGGUGACGCGAUUCCUGCUGAGCCACCCACCGCUGUCGCGGCUUUUCGAGCCCCAGAAAAAGGAGGAGUCUAACUUCACGCCAGAGGACGCGGUCCUGGCGUCCGUGGGCAUCGUGAAGUGUAGCCCCGACCGCGGGCUGCAGGUGUCGGAGAGCAUGUGCCUGGCGCUGGAGGAGCUGAUCCAGGCCUGCUGUGCGGAAGAUGAAGGUGUCCCUGUGGUGCUGGUGUGUGGCCCAAAAAACACUGGGAAAUCGACAUUUAACAGAUACCUAAUUAACCUGUUACUGAACCGCCUUCCUGUGGUCGAGUACAUGGAGUGUGACAUCGGCCAGACGGAAUUCACACCACCUGGGUGCGUGUCCCUGAGCAGCGUCACGGAGCCCGUUCUGGGUCCUCCCUUCACUCACCAGCAGAUGCCCUGUAAGAUGGUGUAUUAUGGUCAGACCAGCUGUGAGCAGGACACGGAGAGGUACCUUGAUGUUGUGAAAUACGUGUUCAGCUGCUACAAGAAAGAAGUGCCUCUAGUCAUCAACACCAUGGGCUGGGUGAAAGGUGACGGGCUGCUGCUCCUCAUUGAUCUCAUCCGGCUGUUGUCACCCAGCCACGUUGUUCAGAUGGACAUCUAUGACUGGAAGGCCAUGCCCCCGCUGACACCUGAGCAUGUCCACUUCAGUGCUGGGCUGCACACCAAGGGCAAGCAGCAAUCCAAGUGCAAGCAGCUGGGAGCGGACAGCGUGGAGAGCUGGAAGUACCCUGAAGGGGAGGACAUGUCAGCUCCACAGCACAAGCUGCUCUAUGUCCACCCGGAAUUCCCUCGGGCAGGGCUGGCGGGUGAAGUGCGAGUGCACAGUGGCAUCCUGCGUGACAUGUCCAUCCUGGGAUACCUGGGGCACCUGCAAAGCCCGGACAUUGGGGCAGUGCUCCCACUGCACAGCCUGGUGCCAUAUCAGGUGCCUUUCAAUGCUGUCGCACUCAGGGUUAUUCACACAGAUGUUGCUCCCAGUAACAUCAUGUACGCUGUCAAUGCCAGCUGGGUCGGGCUCUGCUGCAUUCCAGAGGAAGUCCGGUGCCAGACCGACGGGCCAGUCCUGCUGACACAGACACCAGUGUGCGACUGCCUGGGCUUCGGAAUUGUCCGAGGAGUUGAUAUGGAGAAGAAACUUUACCAUAUCCUGACACCAGUGCCUCCAGAGAAUCUGAGACUAGUGAAUUGUCUGCUCCUUGGGAACAUCGCCAUCCCUAACUGUGUGCUUGUGGGCCAGCAAGGAAUUGAGGGAGAGAUCCCCUACGUCACAUCUGAUUACAACUACAGUAUCGUGGGCUCAGGGAAACUGAGGAAGAAGAAGCAUUUGAAGAGGAGGGAGUUCCCCUUUGAGUGUGAUUACACUUGAAACCUCAGAGUGCUCAGCUAGGGGUAGUUCAUGUGGGACCUCGGGUGGUUGCAGGAGCCCUGGGUGCUGCAGAGGACCUGGGCAGGCCGAUGCUACAGUAGGGUGGUUUUGAUAAUGUUUUGUAUAUUCAGUUUGUACUUUCUGUGUUUUGUAAUAAAUAUCUAUGGUAAACAUU